UUUUUGAUGCAUUUUACAACUUAGCAGUCACUUGUGAAUUGCUGAUUUCUUGAUACAUCCUACAGAUUUUCUACAUCGGCACUGAUGGAAAGGAUACCAAGUAGAUGGCCACGGCCUGUGUGGCAUGCUCCUUGGAAGAACUAUCGGGUCAUCAGUGGUCACUUGGGUUGGGUGCGUUCUAUAGCGUUUGAUCCGGGCAAUGAGUGGUUCUGUACAGGUUCAGCUGAUAGGACAAUAAAGAUAUGGGAUCUUGCAUCAGGAACACUGAAGCUUACUCUGACUGGUCAUAUUGAACAAGUUCGUGGACUUGCUGUCAGCCAACGGCAUACUUAUUUAUUUUCUGCUGGUGAUGACAAACAAGUAAAAUGUUGGGACCUUGAACAAAACAAGGUUAUUAGGUCUUACCAUGGGCAUCUGAGCGGUGUUUACUGCCUCGCUCUCCAUCCAACUAUUGAUAUAUUACUGACUGGCGGUCGAGAUUCAGUUUGCAGGGUGUGGGACAUCCGGACGAAAGCGCAUGUUUCUGCUUUGACAGGUCACGAUAACACUGUCUGUUCAGUGUUUGCACGCCCAACGGAUCCUCAAGUUGUAACUGGCUCACAUGAUACAACUAUCAAACUCUGGGAUCUUGUUGCUGGGAGGACUAUGUGUACUCUUACACACCAUAAGAAGUCUGUUCGGGCUAUGGCAUUGCAUCCAAAGGAGAAAUCAUUUGCAUCAGCAUCAGCGGACAACAUAAAGAAGUUUAGCCUUCCCAAAGGAGAAUUCCUCCACAACAUGCUGUCUCAGCAGAAAACUAUCAUAAAUUCUAUGGCUGUAAAUGAGGAUGGUGUCAUGGCAACUGGAGGGGACAAUGGAAGCCUGUGGUUUUGGGACUGGAAGAGUGGCCAUAACUUUCAACAAGAGCAGACUAUAGUUCAACCGGGAUCAUUGGAGAGUGAGGCAUGCAUAUACGCCCUUUCUUACGAUGUCAGUGGAUCUAGGCUUGUGACUUGUGAGGCAGAUAAAACUAUAAAAAUGUGGAAAGAGGAUCUAACCGCAACACCAGAAACCCAUCCCAUCAACUUCAAACCACCAAAGGACAUCCGGCGAUAUUGAUUUUCCCAGGCUGCAAGUUACAGGAUUGUUGUAGAUGCCCUGAUUCUGCCCAACCGAUUAGUUUGCUGGACCCAGUUCAAAUUUGGGCGCACUUUCCCCUAUCCACGUUGCUGGGGAUGUAUGGAUGAUGAACCAAACAUUUCCGUAACUGUACAAGUAGAUAUGCUGCAGCUGUAGUUAUGCUGCAGCUGUAGUUAUGCUGAAUUUGUAUCACUUGACAUGCCUACUUCAAAUUUGUGGAUUAAACCUAAUUUUCUUCGGGGAGUUACAUUUGGAGCUUUUUUAUGCCUAUUUGAGCUGCUUCAUUCA